CCCGACACUCCAGAAAUUAUGCUCAACGUUCUGAAAGCUGGUGAAGAAAGCAAAAUAAACUGUACUUCAAACAAUGGAUACCCAUCACCUGUCAUCUAUUGGUAUAUGGAAUCAAGAAACCUCACGAGGAACUCAUCUAUCCUGAUGGAAAGGAAUGAUAAUGGACGAUGGAAGGCGACCAGUACUCUUACUUUUACACCAUUAAGACAUGAUAACGGAAAAGGUCUUAUCUGCCAGGUAGUCCAACCGACAGCGCCUCUUAUGUCUUCGCAGAACGAGACCAUGGUCCUCAACAUUCUCUACCCACCCAUCAUUUCUCUUCGACUUCUUGAUAACGUAGAGGCGGUUUCCAGCAUGACCAGUGUCGAAUUCGAAUGUACAGCAGAUGCAAACCCAAAAGUCCUUAACUUUGCUUGGUACCUCAAUCGGUUGACCUUAAACAACAGCACAAGACAUCGUAUUAUCCUUGACAGGCUUCAGAGUAAAACAGUUUCAACUAGUCGCCUUAUCAUCAAUGAUGUUCAACGGAUGCAUUCUGGGAAAUAUGAAUGUCACGUGAUUACCGUUCUUGGUAAUGCCACUGCGACUCUGAACUUUUCUUAUUGCUUGGCGGAAUUUACAGUGGCACUAGAACCACCGGUUAACUUACCCACCAUGGGGGAUGAUUUCACAAUGACGUGCAGCUAUUGGCCUCCAUUACCAGGCAGCGUGAUAAAAUGGUCACAUGGCCAAGGGAAUGUCAUUGCUACUUUUGACCAGGAAAGCUACAAAAUUCGAUAUUCAAUUUUAGAUCAACUAAGGUUCAAGUUGACAGGGGAUAACAACAGCUCUUCCAUUACAAUAAACAAUCUGAAUACUGACGAUAGUGGAAAUUAUACAUGUAUUGUACUGAAUCACAAUGGACGCAAAUCAUCGACUUUGGCAUUAGAAGUAUUAUAUCCAGCUCCACCUAGUGACGUAAUCAUCAGCGGUAUUCAGUCUCAUGGAGGAUACCAUGAAAACUCUUACGUUACCAUGACGACGGGUGACCCACAAGACAUAACAUGCACUGUACAAGGGGCACGUCCACCGGCUCUUAUUGAAUGGAACAUCGAUGUUGAACGUAUCCGGGUCAUGGGUCAGAUCAAUGUUGUUGAAGGACAAAGCUACGUAUCUCACAGGGUAGCAACCAUCACCCCUUUUCCAGUGGAAACUGAAAUGUGCUCCAAGCAACAUUGUCCAUCUUUCGGAAAGGUUGCUUCGGAGAAUUCAACGCCUCGAUCGUCAACAAUGACAUCCUUACAAUCGGGGAUAAUAUUCAACUUUCUUGUCGCUACUCGUACCAGCUCAGCCUCUUCCGAAUCGCAUGGAGGAGAGCAGGCAUACAUGUAGGAACACUGGUUUCUGUCGAAUGCUCUAGCAGUGUUCCGGAUUGUGAACGAAUGAAUUCUAAUCCCUCAAAGUUCAUAUUUACGAUGGAUAGUCAACAUUUUAACUUGACCGUCAGGGAUUUGACAGUGGAUGAUACCGACACAUACCAGUGCCAGUUCACCGGUAUAGGUUACUUUGAAAUAUCAGCGGUUCAACUUGAGGUUUUUGCAAGAACCCCACCAAGUAGCAUAACCAUUCAUGAUGAUUGGUCUCUGGAGGGAUAUCAAGACAACUCCUAUGUGACCAUGACGACAGGUCAACCACGUGACUUAACAUGCACAGUACUCGUGGCACGGCCACCGGCUCUCAUUGAAUGGAGCACCGAUGUUGAAGGUAUCCAGGUCAUGGAUCAGUUCAAUGUUGUCGAAGGUGAAAGUUACU